AUGGCCACGAUACCGCUCCAAGCGCCCGGUCCGGGCCCUACGGACCAGGCUCUGCCCGGUUACCUGUCCUACUCGGCCGUCGCGACCCAGGUGCAGACCUUGGUCGAGUCGCAGACGCGCAUCGUCUAUGAUCCCCAGGGCGGCUUUGCGCCGUACCAGACCGUCGACGUCGUCACGGCCACGGCCACCAGCGUCGACUACACCAUCGUCAAUGUGCCCCUCCUCUACACCGGUCCCUUUCCCGCGCCGCCACUAGGCUCGCUCUACACGACUCCGGGACAGUCGAUAUCGCAGACCGAUUCCGCUUCCGCUACAGCAUCGGCCACGGCAACGGCCACGGCCACACCGUCUGCAUCGGCAUCGGCAUCAGCGAGUGCCAGUGCGUCGGCAUCGGCGAGCGCGUCUGCGACAGCGUCGCCCAGCCAGCAGCAGAGCAGCGGCGCCUCUUCGCCCGCAGCGACACCAGCGCCGACCGCCAGCAGCGCUUCGGCGUCCAACAGUCAAAGCCAAAGCCCCAGCGCGAGUGCCAGCGACCCGGCGACCGCAAGCGAUGCCUCCGCCGCUUCCUCCGCGUCAGCAGCAUCUGCCUCUUCCCUCUCUGCGGCCUCCGCCUCCGCCUCCGCCUCCGCCGCGUCGUCCUCUGCCUCGGCCUCAGCAUCGAGCGCUUCUGCCGCCUCGUCUUCCGCAGCGACAACCCCCUCUUCUUCUUCGACGACGCCGCCGACCUCGUCCACGGGUGCACCCGAGCCGACCGCUUCGGUCGCCGCAUUGCCCAACGCUCGGAACAACCUCUCCGCCGGUCAGAUUGCCGGAAUCGUCAUUGGCUCCGUGCUCGGCCUGCUGCUCCUGCUCCUGCUGCUGCUCUGCUUCCUCCGAAGGAGGCGAAAUCAGAAGCGCGGCGCUGCCUAUGCUGCGGCGGGUACGGGCGGAGCGGCAGCCCGUGCUGCUGGGCCCAGGUCGAGGCUGACGAGCGCCUUCAAUCGAGGAGGCACGCGUGGCAACUACGCUGCUGUCGGCGCGGGCGCGGCUGCAGGAGCCGGAGCAGGAGCCGCUGCAGGCGCUGCCGCUGGCCGUCGCGGCAGCCUGGACAGCGACGAGUGGGAGGAGGACCAUCUCUCUGGCAGCGGCGGGUCUGGCUUCUUUGUCGUCGGCGGCAAGCGGCAGGGCUCGGCCCGCAAGCCCAGCCUGGUCGGCCGGCGCAACGGCAUCGACCCUUCCACGGCCUACGCUGCCGGUGGCGAGCCCAGCUAUACCCUGGGCAAUGCUGCUCCUUCCUCUGCCAACGGAGGCCGGGCGGCCAGCGGAAGCAAGGCCGGACUGGCCGGGCUCGGUCUCGGCGGCGGCCUGCUCGCUGCUGCCUUUGGCAAGAAGAAGAACAAGGGCAAGGAGCGCGCGACCGACGUCGAUGGCGACGACGACUUGCCGCUCAGCGAUGAGGAUGGCGCCGACGGCGAGAUGUCGGAACGUCGGGGCCUCAUGAACUUCAUGGCCGACCCGUCGGGAGCCGCUGGCGGAGGAAGGGGAGGCGUCACCGGCGAGCCAGAGAUGCAAGAAGUCUCGCGCGGUCCCGGCAGCUCCUGGCACCCGGACGGACACGCGCUCGGUGCGGCCGCCCUUGGCGCAGGUGCGGCAGGAGCCUACGCUGCGGCUCGGGGAGGACGCGACAGCCACGGAUCGAGCAGCAGCACUGCCACUCCAGAACGACAGCAUCGCAACGCUUCGAGCGCAGGCGGCAGCGGGCAGAGCGGCGGCACCAUGCUCCCCGGCAUUCGGCCAGCAUCGGGGGCCUACUCGGCCUCGGGCACCAGCAGCUCCGGAUACGGGAGGGGCAGCACGCCCUCGCCGAACCUGGGCUCGGGGUCCGGCUCGGGCGAUCGGGGCGGCACCAGCAGCAACAGCACCGGUGCGCUCACCGCCAGCGGUAGCGGCAACAGCCUGCCUCCGCCUCCGAGGGCACCCAGGGACCGCGGACCCGUCCAGACGCUGGGCAGCCUCGCCCCGAGUGGCGCGGCGAUCGGCAUCGCGCAGCACGACGCCGCUCACGGAGGCCAGGGCGCUUCGUCCGGUCCAGCGGGACUGGGCGGCGGCGGCGGCGGCGGGGAGGGCCUGCCCCGUGCAUCGGUCGAGACGAGCUCCAGCGGUGCGUCGGGCCACGGCGGCCUCAACCCGGCCCUCCUCGGCGUUGGUGGUGCCGCGGCUCUGGGCGGCCUCGGUGCUCUCGCCGCGGGGCAUCGCGAGAGCGGCGGAAGCACCUACUCCAAGGGCUUCUACCCGUCAGGCGUGCCUCCCGGUGCUGUGGGCCCACCGGAUGUCGAAGGUCGCCACGGCGCGAACCCGAGCGAGGCCAGCUGCGUCGACGGUGGCGACGAGAAGCUCGGACACCUGCGUCACGCGGACUCGGAGAGGUACAGCCGCUUCAUCUCGUCCGACACUCCCCUGCUCGGACCCGGCUUUGCAGGCGACGGCGACGCGGCAUCCGCACCCCACGCUCCCGGCGACACCAAGGACGGCGAGACGUCGUCGACGACGCCGACGGACCUUGUGGAUGGCAGCAGCGUCUACCCCGCCGUAGGUACACUGGGCGCCGCGAGCCUCGGCUUCCAGCGCGGCCGGCUGCCGACCAUCCGCAGCGUCGGCGAGUUUGGCGAGCGCAGCGGCAGCGACUCGCUGCUGCACGACGGCACGAUCCGGAGCAGCGAGAUACGGUCGUUCAACACGGGCAGCGGUGGCUCCAACGAGGCGUCUGGCAGCUCGGUGCGCGGUCCGCGCGGCCUGCCCAUUUACGAGGAGCACCAGACCAUGGGCGGCGAGGCGCUGCCCGACUACCAGACGGCGCAGGUGCAGAGCCCCGCCGUCGAGAGCGCGGCGGGCUUCCACACGCCCUUCGACUCUCCGCGCACCGCAGCCGGCGCUGCGCCCAGCCUGGUCAGCAUGGACAGCCAGCGACCCAAAUCACGCCUUGCCCCCGGCAGAUUCAGCGUCGAUGCUGGGCCCUCGACCGAGGCCGAGUCCGAGGAUCCUUUUAGCGACUCGGACCUCGCCUCUGCGGGCGUUCAGCGCGGAUUUAGCCUCGACCAGCCGGCCAACGAACGUGCUGGCCUCAUGCGCGGUGAGGGCGGCGAUGCGGGCUCGACCGCCCACGGCGCUGCGGCUGCCGGCGCCGGUGCCGGUAUCCUGGGCGGCAUGGCGGCGGGCUGGAGGAGGCUGACCAUGGGCCAGUACGGCUGGCUGCCCGGUACCGGCGACUUCAACGACGCCCCGGCCGAUCGUGGCGAUCUCGAAGAGGGCCGCGGCAGCGGCGACCUCCACGGCGACGAUCUCGACAACGACGACGACGGCCAUCAUCGCCGCCUGGGCAGCCACGGCUCUCUGGGCGCGGCCAACGAGGCCGGACCCUACUCGGACGUGAGGAGCGAGCGGGCCAGCGUCUACAACCCGUCUGCGCUGGGCCACAGCAGCCAGGGCACGCCGGGCACGCGCAACCACUCUUCGCGAGAAGGGUCGGGAGGCAGCGGCGAACGGUCGCAGCAUUCGAUGCUGCCGAGCCACGCCGAGGAAGGCGUCGCCGUCGGUGCAGCUGCUGCUGGCGCCGGCGCUGCUGCGGCCGGAAUGGGAGCUUCCGAGUUCGGGGGCGACCGUAACCGUCGGGCUCUGGGCAAUCCGAGCCUGGGCAGCCUCAGCGGGCAGAGUGGCCACUCGAGCUCGCAGUCGCGCCGAGGCGGGUACGCGGCGAGCGUGUCGAACUCGUCGGUGAGCGGCCGCCGUUCGGCGAGCGUCAGCACGGGUCUCGACAGCCUGAGCCAGGUGGCCCAGCUGAGCUCGAGCAACACGGGCAGCAGCGGCAGCCGAUCCGGCUACGGCUCCUCGCGCCGCACCGGGCGGUCGGCGGCGGGCGGGCCGAGCGAGGUGAGCCUGAGCGGGGCCAGCACGGGAGCGGCGAGCUACAGCCCGAGCGGCACCAACCUCACUCGGGCCAACACGGCGAGCACGCGCGGUGCGGGCGCCGAGAGCUACGCGCCGACGAGCCUGGCGAGCUACAACCCCUCGCGGCGCAGCGGCGAGUCUGCGAGCAUCCUGACGGAUGCGGCCGACGCCGGGUGGGAUAGCAGCGAGGCGCAGAGCAGCAGCCGCGCGACGCAGGGCGCGACGAGCAGCUCCAUGGAGCGGCGCAAGCGGCCGCGCAGCAACAGCGAGGACGGGCUGCGCCGCCUCUCGAGCCUGCGCGAGUCGGCGGGCGAGUCGGAUCCGUUUGGCGAUCCCGCGUCGUCGUCGUCGUUGUCGUCGUCGUCGCCCUCUCGGCCUCGCGGCGGGCACUAUCCGAGCCCGAGCCUCGGCGAUGCCGUGAUCCGAUCGGCGUACCGCCAGCAACUGGCACCCGCCCGUGCGGCCGAAGCGGCCAGUCGCGGAGGAGGUGUCCCGUCGUCGUCUUCGCAGCCGCUGCCGCGAGCGCAGGAGGAGGAGGAAGGCGGCGGCGACGAAGCCGACGAGGGCGCGACCGGCGGUGGCAACACCCGCUGGCCCAAGUUUCUCCGGUUCUGA